AUGUAUGCGAAAGUAAGUUUCUUCUGUUUCCUCCUGCUCGGGUUGGGGAGCUCGGAUGAAGAAGAUGCGUUCACCUUCAACGGGUUCCGAGGAGCGAAGCUGAGCAUGGAUGGAGUGGCAGAGAUCACCGAUGGCGGCCUUCUGAGGCUCACCAACACAACGAAGCUGGUGGCGAGCCACGCCUUCCGCCCGUCGCCUGUUCGGUUCCGAGCGUCUCCGACGAGCGGCGUCUUCUCCUUCUCGUCCACUUUCGUGUUCGGAAUCGUCGCCGAGGACAGGGAGCUCAGUGGCCAUGGCGUGGCCUUCGUCGUCUCCCCUUCCAUGGACUUCCGGGGGGCAAUUGGUGCCCAUUACAUGGGGCUCUUCAACGCGACCAGCAACGGCGAUCGCUCGAACCACGUCCUCGCGGUGGAGCUCGACACCAUCUUCAACCCCGAGUUCGAGGACAUCGACUUCAACCACGCAGGGAUCGACAUAAACAGUUUAAGAUCAUUCAACUCCACUCCGGCGGGGUACUUCGCCGGCGACGGCGUUUUCAGGAACCUGAGCCUCAUCAGCGGCGACCCGAUUCAGGUUUGGGUGGAGUACGAUGGCCUCAGUCUGCAGCUCAAGGUGACCUUGUCGCCCAUGGGGUUUCCGAAGCCCCGGGUCCCUCUGUUGUCUUCAACGGUAAACCUCUCCGACGUUCUGCGGGAGGAGAUGUAUGUGGGUUUCUCUUCAUCUUCGGACCCAUUCCUCACGUCUCAUUAUCUUCUCGGUUGGAGCUUCGGGGUCAACGGGACAGCCCCAGCGCUGGAUCUCUCCCGCUUGCCUCCUCUCCCUCGGGGGGGGACGGAGAAGAGUGAGAAGGCACUGAGAAUCUGGCUCCCCAUUGCGACGACUCUUCUCGUACUCUCCGCCGCCGGCGCCGCCGUGUUGGUGGUGAGGAGAAGGGCCAGGUUCGCAGAGCUGCAAGAGUGGGAGAUGGAACGGGGGCCCAGCCGCAUUUCCUACAAGGAUCUGUUCGAAGCGACCGGGGGAUUCAGCGAGAAGCAGCUCCUGGGGGCCGGAGGCUUCGGCACAGUCUACAGAGGGUUUCUUCCCGGAUCAAAGAAAGAGGUCGCCGUGAAGAAAGUCUCCCACGGGUCGAGGCAGGGGAUGAGGGAAUUCGUGGCGGAGAUCGUCAGCGUGGGCAGGAUCCGGCAUCGCAACCUGGUGCAGCUCCAGGGCUACUGCCGGAGGAAAGGGGAGCUCCUUCUGGCAUACAGCUUCAUGCCCAAUGGCAGCCUCGAUAAGCUCCUAUUCGGCCCGGAAGGGGGGAGACUCAAAUGGGCGCAGAGGUUCCGCAUCAUCAAGGGCGUGGCUUCGGCUCUGCUGUAUCUGCACGAAGAGUGGGAGCAGGUUAUCAUCCACAGAGACGUCAAAUCCGGGAAUGUACUGCUCGACGGCGACAUGGAGGCGAAACUGGGGGACUUCGGCCUGGCGAGGCUCUACGACCACGGGACCGAUCCUCAGAUGACUCGCGUGGUAGGCACGUUGGGAUAUCUCGCGCCGGAGCUAAUCAAGACGCGGAGGGCGUCCAAGGCCACUGACAUCUUCGCCUUUGGCGUCUUCCUUCUCGAGGUUGUCUGCGGGAGGAAGCCCCUGGAGCUGCACCAGCCGGAAGAAAUGAUCGUUCUUGUCGACUUCGUCGCCGAGAACUGGCGGAGAGGGAGGAUCCUGAAGGUCGCAGACCCGAGAAUGGGAGACUGCGCGAUGGAGGAGGUGGACUUGGUCCUGCGGCUCGGCUUGCUCUGCAGUGACCCGCUUCCGGGGGUGCGGCCGAACAUGCGGCGUGUGGUGCAGUUCCUGGAAGGCGGUGGUCCCCUCCCCGAUCACGAAUCUACUUUUCUGAACCCUAUCGUUCAGACGUUGCUAGAGAACGAAGCCUACGACAAUCACAGCAGGUCGUUCUCCUCCCUCACCGAGAUUCUUGUGUCCGGAGGCCGAUGA